AUGCUUCUUACCAACGCUUUUGUGUCUCUCGCGGCUCUCGCCUCCUUUGCUGCAGCUCUACCGGGAGGUGAUUGGUCCGGCCACAGGAGCUCUGAGAAGGAGACACCAUCAUACACCCAAUACUCUGAGGAGGAACCUAUCGCAGAGAUUGUAACGAAGACAAGUGUCUACGAGAAGCCCACUACUUAUACAACCACGAAGACUGUCGCCAUUCCUGUCACCACCGUUGCCGAGUACCCCGAGACCUUUGCAACUGCAGUUGAGUAUACAAGCACGGGAUACUCCACAAAGGUGAGAAUUACUGCAGUACAGUUCGUGCAUCAGCUGACAGCAUGUCAGACCUACACAGACUAUGAGACCAAGGUUGAAACGAAGACUUAUUCGACCGUUUCCGUCAUCACCACCACUAUCUACACUACCAAGGUUCAGAGCGAUGUGAAGACAAAGACAGAGCUCAAGACCGUGCCGUACACCUCUGUCGACACCAAGUAUUCGACGACCGUCAAGAACUACGAGAAAACGCAUGUGACUAGCACAGCCAGCACUGCCGUUUACACGGAAACCUCGAAGGUGCCAAUCACAUCUUUAUACUUCGAAACAAAGACGGCAUGCGAGACUAAGCCUUGCACGACCAAGGAAGGAUACGGCGACGGCUAUUAG